CCAGAGCUGUUGGUCGCGUUUUCUGGUGUUCCGCUGUGGUACCAGUUUAAAGUCGAAUUCUAUCAUCGUUUAGUGAAACUUCCGGUGCCAGAUCUAUCACAAAUUAGUGCAGACGAUCACGAUCGGUCAGUUAUGAUAGGAAUUUAGCAAAUUCGUGCUCAUUAAGUGUAAUAAAUUGCAUCGGAAAAGUGAGCCCUUUGUUUGGUCGCGACCAUUGAAAACCAUUCAAGUCUUCGUGGUCGUCGUCGCCGUUGUCGUUUUAUUGCGGAGAAGGGGCGAAAAAGAAUAAGAAGCAAAAGUCGCUCACCACAUCACCUUAAUUUUUUUUUGUGUGUGCCGUGUGUUCGAUUGCCUAUGCUCUCCCGGUAGUGUGAAGAGUGUGCACCCUCUGUUCGGCACAUAAUAUUGCUCUCGCGAGAUCUCGUUUUAUGCUGCAGUGUUUGUGUCGUCACGAGUCCCCAGCAUGAAUGAGCGUGUGAGUAACCAGUACACAGCAUAGUUUCUUUUCUCGUAUCUCCAGUCGGAAGUGUUGCCAUGGCUUGAAAAUAUAUAUAGAUAUGAGUGAACCCAAGAGAAUAGGCCAAGAAUAUUGCUACGGUGAAUAGUUCCGAAAGAAUAGCUAGAACCGGUGAAGUGGAGUUCGAACUAAGUGGAUAUUUUUUUUUAAGAGUUGCACACGUUAAGGCUGUGAUAAGGCCCUGCUGGUCCCGCAGUGAAGCGGAGCGCAAAAAUAAAAACAACAACAAAAAGUGAGUGAGAUUCCCGUUAGGUCCACCGUCGUCUCCGUGUAUCAUCCGAGAAGCGGCCACCGACGUUCGUUCGUUCGGUCGGUCGGUACCCAGUGCAUGCCGUGCCAUCAUCCAUCCAGUGUUCCGAAAGUCGGGUUUGCCCUUUGGCUGCCAUUCUGCGCGAUGCUGUGAGUGGUCUCGAACAACCGAUUCACCAUUACCAACACUGGCGCAGGCAGCAGUGGAACUAACACACCAACCAGUGUUCGGGCUCGGGCCACCGGAGAGUGAACGUGAGUGAACAGCAGUAGCAGCAGCAGCAGCAUCGUUGGUAACAGUGGAGAAGAGCGUAAAGUGAUGGAUUAACACAUAAAAGGUGCUAAAAAAUUCUUGGAAAACGCAAAGCGGGUUUUCCACUGGCAACUACGGUGAAAGAGAAAAUAGUCCCGGUGAUGGACGGUUGUUGGCUUCUUCGUGUCACCACGACGGUAUUGGACCGAGAAAAUUAGCGUCGUUUAGCCAGCCGUGACACAAAGAGCAAGACAGAUUGCUGAAGUGUGAAAGGAUGUUAUAUUUCCCUCGAGGGGCAUAAAGUGGGAUUCAUUUAGAGAGAUAGUACCAAACCCGCGUGCGGUCGGUUCGAUUUCGGUAUCCGGAACAAAGGUACCCCGGCGGAUGGCCAGUUUAGCAAGUUUCUAUAUGUGAAUGUGACACUCACAAUUCGUCGCCGCUUGGUCGAGAUUCAGCGAUGAAAGUAGUCCCUGCUCUGUGGAUUGAAAAGUGAAUGAAAAAUAAAAGCACAAGUAGAAGAAGGGAAAAUGAUAGUACUACUAGCGUUACCUAUACUAAUAUAUGGUGAUGAGAAGUAAACCCGAAAGAAAGUAGAUUUUUGUUGUUGUUGUUGUUGGUGGUGUUGUCGCUGUUACCGUGCGGUGUUGUGCCUGACUUGAUUGCUCGUUUCGCGAAGAUUUCACGGUGCAGGAUUUGGUUUUGUGCUGGUGUUGCACAACGUUGCUUCUAUCGAGUCAAAUCAACCAAAAUCAGAGGCAGCAGAACUAAGAACAACGUUCGGUUCGAAAUUAUGUAAUCCUUCGGAAUGGAUUUCGCCGUGUUGUUGUGAUUGAUGAGCGAACGCAGUUCGCCAUUCUGUUGGCGCUCUCUAAUUCUUGUUGUGGACCGCCAUCGGUUUUAGUACCAGUACCAACAGCAGCAGCGGUGGCAACGAUGGAGAUUCAACGAUCGGAACAGAUAAUUUGCAAUCACCGGAAAAGUAUGCAUCAAGAACAGCAGCAGCAGCAGCAGCAUUUCCACAGUCAAAAGCAAACCCAGCAGCAGAAGCACCAGUCAACCAAACGGCAGCACUUAACUAUCCCGAAUCGGAUUAGCACCGAGUGGGCAUGAUAUGCAUCCACAAACGGUGGUAGAACUAGACCAGCACAAGUGGAAAGAAUCUUCGCGAACAGCCAGAUAGCAAUGAUUCGGCCACUGCAACUAAAGUCAGUAUUUGAUAGGAUGGCAAGCAGCACUACAAAUAGAAGUAAUAGCAAUAGCAAUCGUAGCAGAAGAAGACGAAGGUUUCGGGCACCGGCAGCCAGCUGUUUCCACUGGAGCGUUUGGAGCAGUGUGGCGUUACUGUUAAUGACGCUCCCGUCGCUCAAUUUCGCCAUUGCCCCCAAAUACGAAACGGCGUACGCAUGCGAGGGUAAAACGCUCAUGAUCGAGUGCGAAAAUGGGGACUUGAUCAAUCUGAUUCGGGCUAACUACGGGCGGUUUUCAAUCACGAUCUGUAACGACCAUGGCAACGUGGAUUGGAGUGUGAACUGUAUGUCCCCGAAAAGUCUGCGGGUUCUGCAUUCGAAAUGUGCCCAGAAGCAGAACUGUUCGGUGCUCGCUUCAACCAACAUGUUCGGAGAUCCCUGCCCGGGUACGCACAAGUAUCUAGAAGCGCACUAUCAGUGCGUUUCGGCGGCUCAAUCGUCUACGACCACCAAUCGACCAAGUCCACCGUGGUUGAAGACGUCGCAGCCGAUCGUCUGGAGUACGUCCACCGUUCGAAACCCGGUGCUCAGUAAACUGAAUUUCUCCGAUCCGCUGGCAGGCUUCGGGAUGACCUCGGUGGCAACGACCAGCUCAGCGACGACGGCCAAGGUGAAACCAACGACACCGUACAAGCAGCAGACACUGAUAGUGAACCAGCAAUCGCCGCCAUCAUUUCGCAACAAAGGAUUUGACAACAAAAGUGUGAACGACGAUCUGGCGAUCAUCAAGCAGAUUAGUGAUGCAGCCGGUGGCAGUGGCAUCAAGAAGCAGUCGAAGAAUGCCGUUGAUAAAAGUGAUGGUGCUCCGGAAGACGAUGAAGACUUUGGUGAUGACGAGGACUAUUUUCCGACGCAAACGGCAGUAUUAUCCAAUGCUAAUAGAGAUAGAGAUAGUGGUGACGGUAGCAAGAGCUACGGUGAAAGCAAUGUUUCAGUAGGUGGAAGCACUAGCAGUAAGAAGAAUGAUAAUCACGACUCAUCCAGCAGCAGCAGCAGCAGUAGUGGUAAUAGUAAUAGUGGUAGCAAUAGUAAUAGUAAUAGCAUAAGUGGUACCAGCGAUAGCAACAAUGCUGUGAACAAUGUGCUUGAUGUGAGUCAUGCGUGCGGUCCGACGACGGCACGCAACUUGUUUUGGAAUGUUACACGUGUUGGGGAGGCCAACGUUCAGCCCUGCCCUGGUGGGGCCACUGGUAUUGCCAAGUGGCGAUGCGUAGCAAUAGGAUCACUGACGCCCGAGCAGCGUUUGCAUUUGCAGCAUGAGCAGCAACAGCAACAAUCAUUUCUAGAUGAUAAUAACAAAAGUGAUAUUAGUUUUAAUAGCAAUCUUAGCGGUAGGAAUGGUGCGGAUGGUGCUGUGGCGACGUGGUACUCAUAUCAGCCGGAUCUGACACAGUGUCGAUCGCUGUGGCUCAAUAACCUAGAGAUUCGAGUCAACCAGCAGGAUUCGUCGCUGAUCUCGAUAGCGAACGAUCUGUCGCAGGUGACGAGUAGUAAAACGUUGUACGGCGGAGAUAUGCUAGUCGCCACCAAGAUCAUUCAGACGAUGUCUCAGAAGAUGCAUUUCGAUAUCGAAACAAUUCCCGACCAGCGACAGCGGGAAUCACUAGUGUACGAGUUGUUGAAUAGUGUGGUAAAAACAGGAAGCAAUCUGUUGGAUCAAUCUCAACACGCCAGCUGGCUGGAUUUAAGUGUGGAAGAUCAAAUGCGUGUGGCAACGUCACUGCUAACGGGCUUGGAAGACAAUGCCUUCCUGCUAGCCGACACCAUUCUACGGGAGCGGCACGUGGUUCAGAAAGUGAAAAACAUCCUCCUAUCGAUACGGGUUCUCGAGACGCGCAACUUCGUUAAGAACGAAGUUUUUCCCGACUCUAGCCAGGAACGAUGGCAUGUCAGCGAUGAUUUGAUUGAGCUGCCCAAGGCUGCACUGAUCGAGAACAGUGAAGGUGGACUGGUGCGGAUAGUGUUUGUUGCCUUCGAUCGGCUGGAGCAGAUACUGAGACCACAGUUUAGCAACAUUCAGCAGCCACGGGUAGAUCAGAACAAGCUGGAACAGGAUGACGCUACGGCUGGUGCCGGCAAGAGUGAUGUUUCGUCUACGCCCCGGCAGCGACUGCUAAACAGUAAAGUGAUUUCCGCCAGUCUCGGCAAAGGACGCCAUAUUCAACUGUCACAACCUAUACGCAUGAUUUUGAAACAUUUACGGACAAAAAAUGUGUCCAACCCGGCGUGUGUGUUUUGGAACUACAUUGACCACGCAUGGUCCGAAGAUGGCUGCUACGUAGAGUACACCAACACCACCCACACGGUGUGUAUGUGCAACCAUUUGACUAACUUUGCGCUACUGAUAGACGCUAUUGACGAAACGCAACUUUCGCUGCUAUCCAUAAUCGACGACGAUAUCAAAAUAUUAAUCUACAUCAGCAUAGCAAUCUGCGUCGUUAUAGUCGUGAUAGCACUGUUUGUACUGAAAUUGUUCAACGGAGUGUUCUCCAAAGUCCGCAACGGUCGGCGUCAUCACCAGCCGGCCAAUAAUACUGCGGCCGAUUUGCAUUUGCCAAAUCAUCUGCAGCACCACGGUCUUAUCGGUUCGAACCAGCAUCACCAUUUGGGUGCUGGUGGCGCUACCGACCAUCUGGACGUCAACAUCCACCAGCAUCAGCAGCAGCAGCAGUACAACAGCUCGGCCGGAUUGAUGACUGCCGAUAGUGGUCACCUGAUGCGUCCCGGUCACCACAAUCAUCACAACAAUAACAAUUUGGUUACAACUACGUUCAACAAUCUGGCCCCAGCCGGGGGCCCCGGUGGAACUCUCGGAGUGGGCUACGAAACUGCCACCCACCAUCGGUUGGCCGUACAGGAGCGGCUCAAUAACAAUCAAAUCAGCAGCCGCAGCAAGCUACUGUUACUACCUUACAAACCACAUCAUCAACAUCUAUAAUCGCGACCACCACCGGUAGUGGCGUUGGGCACGGAAUCGGUGGUGGUGGCGGUGCCAGUAUAGGUGGUAGCAGCAGUGGCAGCAGCGGUGGUGCCGAGAUGGCCGUGUACAGUCUAACCGAAACGGGGACCGCAACGUCCACCUCGUCCAGUGCGGCCAUCAGUGCGAGCAGCAUACCGCUGCUGCAUCAUCACCAUCACCAUCACCUGCACCAUCAUCUGCACCAGCAUCAGCAUCACCACCUGGCUGAUGGUGGUGUUAGCGGCAGCGGCGGCGGCGGCGUCGGCGUCGGAAUUGGUGGUGCAGGCGGUAGGGGCAGUAUCAGUGGCGUAAGCAUCGGAAGUAGCGGUAAGAGGAAUCUGUAGCGAGCAUGAGUCAGAGGAUGUUUAGGGGAUGUGCUUAGGCUAUAUAGAAUUUUUCGUUGAAAAAAAAAACACAAACUUGUACAGACGAAGGAAUGAUUUAUCCUUCGAUUGAUAGCUGUUUGAAAAGCUCAACAGAAGCAAAAGAAGAAAAAGAGUGUGGUAACUCACGUUGUUAUUGUGUACGAUACAAUUCCUAUUGGAACGUAAAGAAUACUUAGUAUAGGAAGACAUGUGUUUCCGGUGACGUGCUGUUGGGCCACCGUUGAUGAGAGAUGAGGGUAUAAGUUGAUGGUUAUUUUUUUUCCUUUUCUUGCUGGAAUCUUUCUUAACACGUGUUCGUGUACCCUGCAAUAUUUCCAUAUCGUUACUGUAUUUUCAGUUUUUUUCCCGCUCGUAUUUCUUACUGGUAAUCGCAUGUGAAUUAUGUGAAAAUGUGAUUUGUUCUGCUGGUGGAUGGAAAUUGACAGAAUGAUUGAUGUUACUGGGUUGUGAUUUGAGUUCGGGUUUUCAGAAUGUAAGAUUUAUGCCAGUCUAGAAAUGGCAAGCGAAUACGAAUCGAAUGUUCAUUUGACGGAUCGUUGGAAUUGCGUUAAUCAAACCAUAUCGGCCACACAAGAUACGGUUACAUGGGAACGUUUGGACACCUUCAAGCUUGCUGUCACAAGCUAGCAAGCAAACGCUCAUAUGUAGGACGUUGAUUUGAAUUUCAGAAGGGAACACAUUUUGCUACUGUGUAAAGAAAACUGAUGUGAAAUAAAUGAUAAUAAUACUAAUAAUUUGUGUUCGAAAAAUACUCAGGAUGGGUCAAUUUUUUUGGUCAAAAAGGUUAUUACUGUUUAAAAUAUGUUUGUUCUUGUGAGACUUUAGAAGUGAUUUUUUCGAUUUUUACGCCGUCUGAAGCUGUUCUACAAAGAAGUGCGAUUGAGUUUUGUUUUUUUAUUUAAUCAGAAAUAACAUCUGCGGAAACAUUGCCAGUGCUGUAUGUUAGAAGCCUUAAGGGAACCAAGUCCUGUCAAAACCAAUAAUAUUUGAUUGAUACAGGGGUAUGUUCAAAGAAGGCAGACAAGAGGAUUGAAAACCAACAGUGUCUCGGUAGACCAUUCACAUCAACUGACGGACAUCACAGUUACAAAAUAAGAGACACUUCUUAUGCGAAUUUUCAAAAUUAUGCGGUUUUUAUGCAUUUGUGAUUUUGCAAAGUUAUGUUUUUUAUGAGAAUUUUAGAGUUAUGCGGUUUUAUUUGUGCCGGAACGCAUCACACUAAACUCUAUUUUAAUGUUUCUUUUUAUACGGUUUUAUGCGAUUAGUCAAAGUGGGUUGAACCGAUUUUCAUUCAAAGUUGAUUUAACCGAUUUGAUUCAUUUGAAAGGUCAUAUGGUCCCAUAAAGCGCUAUUGAAUUUUAUCUUGUCGGGCUUCCGGUUGCGGAAGUACAGAGUGAUAUCUGCGAAAGAUGGUAACAAAAUAUGCACUCAUAUUUUCGGAGAUGGUUAAACCGAUUUUCACAAUCUAAGAUUCAUAUGAAAGGUCAUACUUUCCUAUAGAACGCUUUUAUAUUUUAUUCGGAUCUGACUUCCGGUUCCAGAGUUACGGGGUGAUAUGUGCAAUAUGUGCGGGUUUCGGCAGCACCAGUUCAAAACUUUUAAACGGAGCUCAUUUCGUUUUUACAAUUAUGACCGAAUGGAAUGGACCGAAAGUUCAAAGUUCUGGCUUUAUAUACUGCUAUUGAAUUUCAACCGGUUUCGGAUUUACAGGGCGAAAUGUGUGUUCAAAAUUUCCAACCAUAAUUUUGACCGACGAUGAAGAAAUCAGGAGAAAUUCUUCUAAAUUUGCUUUGUGCACUAACAAUCUUUUUUGUUUUUAUGCAAGAUUCAACGAAUAGAUUUUCGAAAAAUAAUAUAGUAAUAUUUAUAAGAGUAUGUGUAACAUGAGAAAGGCAUCAUCACAACACUAGGUGGAUUAAAACAGUUUUUUUAUGCACACUUUCAAAGUAAUGCGGUUUUUUGUGUGAAUUAAGUGGAUUUUUCAUGUGAAUUGGCAAAUGUAUGCGUUUUUAACCAUAUUUCUACAGUUAUGCGGUUUUAUUUUUGUUGAAAUGCACUACACUCAAGUUUCUUUUAAUGCGUUUUUUUACGGUGUUUUAUGCGAUUUUUUAAAGUACUGGAACUUUUCAAUGUUAUACCGUUUUUAUGCGAAUUUUUGAAGAUACGUGUUUUUUAUGCGCAUUUUCAAACUUAUGCGGUUUUUAAAACGGAUUUUUGAAGUUAUGCGACUUGUUUAUGCGUUACGUAUCCUCCGCUUAAAAAACUUGAGUGUAUUGCGGGUGUUAAAGCUUGUAUUUGUGUCAACGAUCCGGAAACAAUCGAUCAAUGAGUGAAUACUAGGCUAAAGUUGAUGCAAGACCGAAAAACUUUCGCCAAAGACAAUCCAAGAUCAAGGUCAUGUUGACUAUACUCUUUGAUUAUUGCGGUUUGGUGCACUAUAAAUUCCUUCCGCCCGGCGAAACUAUCAAUAAGGAUUAUUAUUUAGGCGUUUUACUUCCUUUGAGUGGAGUUAUACGCCUCAAGAGAUCAGGAUUAAGUGCCAACAACGACUGGUUCUCGCUUUAUUGCGCUGUCUCACACUGCAAUGAUUUUACGUGAGUUUUUCUCCAUAAAUUAAGCAAAUAUCGUUUCCAAACCACAACCCUCGCCUGAUUUGGCUCCGUAUAACUUCUGGCAAUUCUCCAAACUAAAAAGGCCACUCGAGGAACCCGUUUCGAGGCGAUUGAAAUGAUAAGAGCCUAAUCGAAGAAGAUGCAGAUUGUCAUACCGAAGGAGUACUAUUCGACAAACUUUGAGGACUGGAAAAAACGUUUGCAUAAGUGCAUUUUGGCGGAAAUGGAUUCCUUUCAUUCACGAUAUUUGUGCAUCUGAUACUUAACUAGCUUUUGUUGUUACUGGUAAUGAAGGAUUAAGGAUGUACGGAAUUAAAUUGCAUCACAAGAAAAUAUACGGUAAAAUUCUCCUAUUCAACCGAUCGUUUCCAAACCUUAAUUAAAUCAAAUCAAAGAUAUGAUUUAACUUUCUCCAUGUUCGUUUCAUUUAAUUUCAAUACCAUAUCAUCAUGCACGAACCUGUCUUUUAACACUAUUCAUAAGAUCUUGUACAAUGUUUGGAUCAACAUUUUUUUUGCGUGGAAAUUAAUUUUUCUUCAUAUCUUCUUUCGAUUCUACUUCCUUAAGAUGUUUCCGAAGCUCAUGAUAGACCAGUACUUCUACAUUGGCCGUAGUUUCGGUACGUUCGAGAGUGGAUUGAAGUCCUUCGGCACCUUACUGGCCACUCCAAAACAUCUUUCGAGCAAUGGCUCAAAGCUAAAUCCAGCCAGAAAAUUGUGUGACUUUAGAAGUGAAUAUAAACGCUUCUGGAGACAUUCCUUUGUGCAUGCCUACCCGUCGAUCAUCUCGGUUGUCACAUAUGGAGUGCUCCGCUUUUCAUAUGCGCAAAGUACUAUCCAAAUCAUGUAUUUAUUUUUGGCAAACCUCGAUAUCUUUUGCUCGUCUUGCGGGACAUCAAUCUUAUAAUGAGCAGCGAAAAACAGGAGUCACGGAAGCUGUCGGAAGUCGGCUUCUACCUACGUCUCGUCAUUCAUAAUGAGUAAAAGUCAUUCGUGAGUAAAAAGUUGCAGCCAUUUGAUUCCGUACACCCAAUUUCAUUCCCGAGCUGGAAUUUUUCUUUUACAUCCCGUUAAGAAUGCUACACUCAAAACACCUCGGAAAUGCAGCUCUCGAAGUUGCAAAACACGGAAAUCGUAAUUUGCACGGAUAAUCCGAAUGAUUAUCAACUCAACAUGUUUUUGCCACCAUGUUGGAAAACAGAUUUUUUUUGUCGCUUCAUAAGCCGGUUUUUAUUGAUGUCGUCGACUGUAGUGCGGUUUUCUAUGGGCCAGAUUUAAUAUCGAGGAUUUAAUGUCGAAAAUUUGAUCCGCUCCACAUCCGCCACUUGCUUCAACAAUCAAUUAUAUGAGUCAGUGCUUCGUUCGCUUAAGGCUCAACAAAUCGCUUGGAAACCAUCGAAUGAGGCAGCUAAAGCCCGGCUAGGCGCAAGCACUUUAUUUCAAUCAGCCGCUUUCAAUAGCUGCCAACAAAAGCUGCGGAAAUCUAACUGCUUUGUCAUGGUGAAAAUACUGACUGAGCCUCUCGAAUCCUACUGUACGAGCAACUCUUAACAAUGGCCACUGCUGAAGAGCCGAAAAUAUAUAAUGAUGAGAAAUUACUUUUCCCCACUAACAUCGUAAGAAAGAAAAAAAAACCUUUGCAUCUUCCUGCCAUACAUGCGUUUUUUUUCGCCGCUGCCGCACCGCAUGUCAAUAUACAAACCAUAUAGACUCGUAUCCACCGUAUCAUCUCUCUGACCACCACAAUAAACGGUGACCCCCGCAAUAACAGAAAUUGCUUUGACAUGCCAAGCUUCAACUCCGACAAUGGCAAAUGAGACAUUGACGGUAACGGACCACAUCUUUUGACCGUGCCUACCAGAAAAAGGGCAUUAUUCUUUCAUUCCCAGCUGGUUUGCUGUCGAUUUCAUUGUGCCCUUGUUACAACGGCAACCAAGAGAAAGAUAUUGCAAACAUUCGUCCGAUAGGAAAAUUAAAUUUUUCCGAACGAUUGAUUUUUUAUGCUAGUAGCAUAGCCGUGGUUGAACCUCCCACAGGGAAUGGACCUCCAAUUGGAAGACCAAGCUCAUACCGAGCUGAUGUGCGUGUUACUGACGGGAAAAUUUUGCUGUUGUGCCCGAAGAAAAUCUAGAAUUGCUAGAAAUGUUUUCAGGUUGCGUAUUGUCACAUAACUCACCGUUUUCCAUUUCACUUAGAUUCCACUUUUUUUCUUCUUCACUUGGUCCGUACUGUGCGAGGUGUGGCUGUAAUCAGAGGUAGACGACGUGCUUUGCCGGAGAGGAAUGGGUUCUACUCAGCCAUCAUCCGUGGGGAGCUGUUGGGGCAAUUUUGUCUGAAUUACGUUUGGGCUAACCUUGCUCAGGUUCGGAUUUUCCGAGGGACGCCGUUUUAACGAGCGGUUUGCUCCUUUUUUCGCUCACUGCGGAAGCUUGAUGCGGAUCAACGUAAUCGAAUUGUCUUUUUUCGGGAUAGGGUGGAAAGCUUCGCCUUCGUCUACUCCCCAUCGGAUUUAGAAUUUAGGACGAAAACGUGCGCUGGAGGUAGUUAGCUGGGAUCUUUAAGUGAAUGUUUUCAUGGUUCGGCUUUGACAGUAACUAACUUGUUUAAUUUUUCAUCAGAAACUUUUGUGAGGGGAUUGUAGCCCAAAGUUAGGUACGUACAGUUUUGUGUAAAGGAAGACGACGAUGAUUCAUAGUUAAGUAAAGUGACGUGCAACUUUCGAAAAUUGAAGCCCAAAUCUAGCAGUCAUGAGUCGUUUGUUUUCCUCGGUGGUUGAAGAAACUCUAAAUAUAACCAACCAAUCAGGAUUUCAAUUAUUCACUGCCUGUAGCCAAAUUGUCGGUGCUGCUUUAUUCGAGGAAAAUUGCAAUCUCUAUCACAGUCUCUCCGCAGGCUGUUUAUGUAAAUGAUCAAAGAAUGCGACUUGCUUCGGAAUCUCAUUGUUCCAUCCUGUGGCCACACAUAUAGGCAUACUCGAACGGUUAGUAUCAAUAUCGACAUCAUAGUUGCUGAACGUAAUGAUUGCAAUGCACAAUACGGUACAGAAAGGGAGCGAUUGCUUGCCGGAUAUACAGGCUCCUGGCAGGAGAUCUUCAUCCCCGAUUAAUAAUAAUCGUAUUUUCGCAUAAUAAACGUCCAUUCGAUGGCGUCCACCCGUGUUAUAUCACGCCUCGGUAAACACGACGCAAACCCGAACCAAACCCACCCACCCUGAUUACGUGGCGUGCCUCUUCUGUGUCAUAAUCCCGUUAUUCCGGUUGCAUACCAAAAGGUGUUUCUGCUCCGAGGGUAAAAUGACGGAGGAGUAAGAAUUUUAUCCCCGGUUCUUUAUUGUCACUUAGCCGUGUAAAACUGUCAUCUUCCGUCGUUUCCCUCUUACACAGUGUGAUAAAACCGCCUGAAACAUGUUGAACAUGUAGGGUUUCUGGUGUGUUCUCGGACUAGUUUUGAAUAUCUGGGAAGCGUAAUCUCAUAUGAUCCUUAAUUUCUCAUUCGAUGUUACGCGAAACAUUACCCAGCCCGGGCGAAGAUCUAGAUAGAGCCAACGACUCUCAUAGCUUUCGAAUCGCUGCAAAGGAUAAACCUCCUUACUUUGGCUGUGCAUCCGUCCUUUUCAAGUACGGAGCGAGUGGUUGAUACAACGAGCGGUUUUUGUCAUUCAGGUUGAAUGGAGCGCGCGCGGCUAUUGUGCUUACGGUGGAAGGGAAAAAGGUCUAAAACAGCUAACUUUUAUGAUUUUCGAAUUGGCCGCUGGCAUUUAGGUUCAAUCGAAAUUAUGAUGAUUACCUCCUCUUAAAAAAAACGAUGGAGCCAAAAUGAUGCUACUUUAUGGGCACUUACUCACUCGGCAGAAAUGGGUGUUUUUGUUCGCUGUUUAAUUCUAAAUUCAUACACGGAACGACCGAAAUUAGCUCUGCGCCUAAUUCGUAUUACUGCUUUUGAAUUAGUUGAUUUCAACAACAAAAUUUCCAAAAUAACUAUAAAAUUAGUUAAAAUUUAGAAUUUACUGUGCUGAAAAAAACUCUUAUUUUUAGAGAAUGUGUUUAGUUGGCGAAUAUUCUGGACACAAACCAGCAAUAUUUCAAUCCAACACGAAAUUCUCAUUGCAUACUAAUUUCGUUAUUAUAAUCAGAAACUUUGAUUCUAUUUAUCUAUCACCGUCAUUACUGAAGGACAGCAGUGUCAAAGCAAAACAAUCCAUUAAAAAGCUAAAAGGGACAGUCUUGUUGAAACUGCUCGCAAAUUGUUUAGAUGUUUUUCGCAUGUGUUACGAUAUAUCCCUAUAUAAAUUUCUAAACCGAUAUGUAAA